AUGGAGGAAGUAAAGAAGAUCGCGAAGGGUUCAGACCGAUAUGUUUUAGACUCAAGAGACGUCCUUUAUCGUUUGGCUACGCCUACCCUAGAACGUCCUAGGGACAAGCGUUCUGAACUUCGCCUAUUUGUACCAGGAGCCUUGCGACCCGACAUCCUACACCACGCUCACGAGGAUUUCCAGAGUGACCACCAAGGAAUCACCAGGACAUAUGAGCGUCUGUGUUCAGAAUUUUUCUGGGCCGGAAUGUUCCAAGAUAUUGAAAUGUGUGUCAAGGAAUGUACGGAUUGCGCGUUUGCUAAGGGGCGACCACCGAAUCCAGGACCUUCUCCCGGGAAUAUUGAACCGACUGGUCCAUUCGAAGUAGUGUCCAUGGAGUUUAUCACAGACCUUCCGAAGUCGGAACGUGGGAAUACCUUCCUACUUUUGUUUCAGGACAUGUUCACGGGCUACGUUAUGUCUAAACCCAUGAGUAGUACUACCGCUCAAGGCUGUGCUGAAACCUAUGAAGAGGUUGUGUUCCGAAACUAUGACGCAAACACCGACAUCCGUCGUGACAACGAUCCCAGGUUCAUGAGUCGGGUGUUCUGUCGUUUCAGCGAGAUGAUGGGUAUCCGGCAGAACGCAACGCUCGCGUAUCGCCCUCAGGCAAAUGGCCAGCAGGAACGGUCAGGUCAGACAAUUAUGCAUAGUAUCAAAGCGUAUGUUAAAGACCCCGACCAAACCGACUGGGAUGACCAAGCAAAAAAGCUGAUGCAUGCUAUAAAUACCUCCUUCGAUGCGACUAGAUUGGAUACGCCAAUUUACCUACUACAUGGGUUCGAUUGUCGGAGUACCAUAGCAGCUAUGUUGGGUCCAAAACCGACGGAUGUCACAGAACGUACCGCGCAUGAAUGGUGUCGAAAAUUGCAACGAGACUAUAGUUAUGGCCACGCCUGCGCGGAAGGGCUCCAGAGGAGACCUAAGCGUACGCGAUCCACGAAGUGGAAGGUGCUAUCGGAUCACCUCAAGUCUGGUUUCGAAGUUCUGCCAGGUCUGAGUCGUAAAUUGACCCAUUUCUGGCACAGACCAUUCAGGAUUGAGCAGGUUCGGGACAAAUUCAAGGUAAAUCGAAGGUUCAUGGCACACGCUACCGUAUAG